AUGCUUUGUCAUCGGCGGGAAUGGAAUCCCAAACAACGGCGGCUUCUGAGCGAAAGAGAGCGGGUAAAAUCAAGCGGUACGAUAAACAUUGUCCAAACUAUUGCUACAUGCCUGGGACGUCCGGAAGCCCCCGCGCCACCAAUGCGGUUGUUCAAGAUUAAUCCUUCGGCCAUCCCCGUGCUCUUCCUCCAAGAGAGAUUUGGGCACCACAACAUGGCCAUCAACACAGAAUAUCUGCCAGAAUUCAAGAAAUACUCUACUACGAUUCGUUUGGUCCUCAAACCAUCGAAUCUAAUCCUUUACUCAUCGGGGUUUAUGUCACACCCUCGAUGA